GGUACCGAGCCGGGAGGAGAAGCUGCCGGGCCGACGCCUCGGCACAGGCCGCGCUGCCGCUCAGCCACACCUGCCCGGGCUGGAGAGUUGGGCGGGGAGAAAUUCCCUGGAGCUCAGCCGGGGCCAGUGUGGGGGCCUGCCCCUGGGAAGGAAUAGCCUCCUGCAGCAGUGCAGGUGCGGGGGUGGCCGGCGGGAAAGCAGCUCUGUGGAGAAGGACCCGCGAGUGCUGGGGACAAGUUCGCCAAGUCCCAGCGAGAAGUUCCCAUGAGGCAGCGAUGUGCCCUUGUGGCCAAGAAGGCAAAUGGCAUCCAGGCGUGCGUUAAGAGUCUGGCCGGCAAGUUGAGGGACAUUCUUCUCCCCCUCCAUUCUGCCUUAGUGAGACCACAUCUGGAGUUCUGGGCACAGUUCUGGCGUCUCCAGCUCAGAAGGGACACAGAAUUACUGGAGAGAGGCCAAAGGAGACUUAGGCAGAUUACGAGAGGACGGGGAUAUCUGCCUUACGAAGCCAGGCUGAGAGAGCAGGGAGGUUUAGCCUGGAGAAGAGCAGGCUGAGAGGAGAUCUCGUUGGUGCUCGUCAAUAGCUACACGGCCAGUGUCAGGAGGAUGGAGCCAGACUCUUCUCACUGGUGCCAGUGACAGCACAGAGGGCAAUGGACACAAACUGGAGAGGACAAGGCUCCGAGUCGUUUGCUGACAGAGUAUCAACAGAAAUGCACAGAGCUUCAGUUUGCUGAACGGGAGAUCUCUGCUCUUCGUUGCCAAGUGGAGCAGAUGCUACAGAAAAUCCUGCCUCUGGAAAAAUGCCAGGAAGAGUUGGGUUCCUUGAAAGCAGAGUUGGAAGAGAAAAAGUGUUCUCUCAAGAUUUAUCGUGAGAGUCAACUGGAAUAUGUUAAAAUUAAAGAAGAAAUAGUAAACAGUGAUGCUGUGAGGAAGAAACUGGAAACAAAAGUGAAGAAACUUGAAGAGGCUGCGACAAAGCGCACACAAGACUUCAGACAACUGAAGACUGAAAAGAAGAGGCUUGAAAAGGAGCUCAAAAAGGCACAAGGAAAACUUGAUGGUGUGCUGCAAGAGAAGUGCAGAAAAGUCAAGCAUGCAGAGACCCAGAGUUCAAGUGAAGAUCUUAAAACAGAUAUAGACAAAGAAAAAAUCAAACUUCUGUUGGAAGAACUUUGGAUGUGCAUAGACAGUGCAACAGGAAAGAGGAAGGCUCGGGGGAAGGAUCCUGUCUGGGUUUCUACUCAGGAUAAGACAUGGCCUGAAAAAAGAAGGCUGACUGUUACAGAAGAUAGUGUACAAUUCCAGCACAAGAUCAGGAAGUGCGAUGGCACAAUGCUGCCUUGCUAUUCCUCACUGGAAGGUGCUGGAAAGCAAAACUCUGGAGCAGCUGUGCAACUUCAAGUGAGUACUGAGCCUUUUGGAGGUGACUGUGUUGAGAGCAGGACUCCCAAAGAAUGCCAGCGUGGUGGUGAGGAUAAACCUGAAGAUAUGAUAGUACAGACAGAUGUGGCACACAGCAGUUCAGACUUCUCUGAUCAGGAAGAAAAUGGCUCAGGUGGAAGUGUGAUGGAUAUAUUGAAUUGGACCAGGCCUCUCCCUGCUCUGCUUUCACCAAUACAACUUUCUCCACUAACUACACAGGAUGUACUGUUUGGAGAUGUCACAAGUUCCAGUGAUGAAGAAGUUGAUUGCAGUGCUUCUGCAGUAGAGAAUAUUUUACAAGAAGAGCAUGUGGAGCCUCAGAGUUGUGAUGUAUUCAGCCUCGGUGAGGAGUGUAGCAGACAGAGCAAAUCAUGUGAGCAUGGUGGUCUUCAUGCAGACAUCUCACGUAACCUGAGGUGGAAUGAAAAGAUGUCAAGCAAGGAGGAGAGUGAUGCUGAAACAGAGCAAACUGGUGCUGCUACUUUGAUUUCAAACAUGGAAACUAACAGGGGGGAGAAUUCUGAGUACCUGGAAACUGAGAAGAGAAGCCUAACUGAAACAAGAGAAGAGGAAUUGGAAGCCAUUGAAAACCAGAAAGGAGACAGUGAGGGUAUGCACAGUGAAGAGGAAAGAUUUUCAGCUGAUAUUACAUUACAUAACUUCAACCCUCAGACUGAGCUGGAAAGAUGUAGUGAGGUAGAGCAAACAGAAGAGUCUGCAGUCUUAGUUGGAGCUGUUGAUUAUGAGGGUACACACAACACACAUAGUACAUUAACGAGAUCAGGACAAGAUGCAUUGUCAGGAGAGACCCAAACUCCCAGGGCAGGAUCUGUUCCCCAAAAUGUUACUCAUUUACCACCUGAGCAAUGCGUUGUGCUUCAAAGUGAACAUUCUAAGGAGAAAUCUGAUGUGUUGAUACAGAAUGAAGUGGUUGAAAAUGAAUCAAAACAUGUAAUCAAAGCAAGUGACCUCGAGGAAAAGGUAAAACAAGCGAUAAUUGGAGAGGAAAUGACAGCUGCAGUACAGGUGGAAGCAAAUAAUGAGAGAGAACUCUCUGAAAAUGUAUUGUCUGACUUCAGUAGUUCAAAAUCCUUCUCUGAAGUGAAUUGUCCUGAAGAUGUUAGGAUACAGCUUGAUGGGGAGGGAAUAAUUACAGAAUCUGAGGCUGACACUGGAUCUGUUGAGCUCUUUGUAUGCUCUCAGCACUCUGAGAUUAAACACAAGAGUGAAGAGAUACUGGAGGAACAGUGCAUGCAAACUAUCAAAGAUGAGCAAGACAGAGAGUAUGAACCAGAGACAGUUAAAGUCUCUAGAGAUUCCUUACCUUUAGCUGUUGUUGAAGGAGUAAGAAAUUCAUUGUCUGUGGACAACAUAGACAAAAGUGUAGGUAUAGAGUGGACUGCUUUGUCAGCCUUUACAAAAGAUGAUGAACACCUCAAAAUUGAAGAUGUGAAUAUAACCAGACCUGAGAAUAUUGAACUAGCCCUAAAGUAUAAUGGAGAAUGUGUUCUAGAAAUAGCUGAAUCAUCAGAGCUACUCCAUAGGGCAGAAAACACAGAAUUAGCAGAUAUAAGUGAAGGGCAAUGUUUGAAAGGCAAAGCACUCCUGGAAGAAAAUGGUAGUGAUUUAUCACAAGAGAAGUCAGAGUUGGAGAGUGUGCUUGCACUGCCAAAGAUGGCAAGCACUGCUGAUGCAGAGAGCAGUGUAGCUAUGUGUGAAUCCUCUGUGUUGGAUGUUAUGGCAUUAAAAGGUGAAAUAAAACAACCUGAAAACCUCUGUAGUCCAUUUGAAUGUGGACUGUCCAAGCCCCAGAACUUUGGAGUGCUUGAAUCUCAAGAGACUGAGUUUAAAGAUCAUCCAGAAGAUGUUGCAGGGGAAAGCAGUGAGCAGUUAGAACAAGUGGGUACUGAUCAGUCUGUCUUAGUAGAAAGCAGUCUUACUUCUCCAACAGAGUUUGCAAAACCUCUGAAUUACUUCUUGGUAGCUGAAAAUGUUAAAUGUGAUGAAAUAAAAGGGGAACUAAAUGAACAAAGUCAGGAAUUGGUGACUGAGACUUGUUCCAGUUCAAUUAACUGGGAAGAGAAUGGUAUGAAGAAGAAUAUUUCAGAGAUCAUCUGCUCACCUACUUCAGAAAUGGAUUUUAAUGGCAGCUUGGCUUUUUCUACUCAAGAGGAUUUGGAAAUGGGCUGUAUAAACACUGAAGAAACAGAUUCUGCUGUGCAAGUGGGAAUUGCUUUGGAAUCCACAGUGCCUCCCUAUCUAAAUGGCAGUCUUCAGAAAGAUGUUAGUCUUGUUGAAACCAACUCCACAGAAAAGGCUGCUUCCCAUACACAGGAAACCAAAGGAGAUAAAAACUCUGUCAGUGCACUUAACUGUUCUUCAGGAGGCUUGGAUGCUGAAAGCAACAACAUGUACAAAGAACUGGACUGCCCUGAGAGGGAAUCUGAACACAAAAAUGAUGUGAAGAUUCCCCAUGUGAAUGAGCAGCCAGUAGGUAAAGAACCUCAGGCAACUGUUAAAUCUCAUGUCCUAGAUGCAGACUCUUACAAUGAGAAUACUUUGGCAGUGAGUCAUUUAAGAGCAGACACUGUGAUGGAUAUAGAUACAUGCUGUGAAACAAACAACCUCAUCAAUAGUGCAAGUGAGUUGCCAAGUGAGGUUGGGGAGGAUUAUCCUGUAGACCUAGCCUCUUGGACACGAGAGGGUACUUUAGUAACCUCUGAAAAUAGAGAGGAUACUACUGAAUGUGUGCUAGAUUCUAACAGAGCUGACAGUGACAGCGAGGGAAUUCUGUUAAAGACUAAGUCAUCAAAAGAAAGUCUUGAGUUGCCAAAUGCUUCCAAGAAUAGGUUACCAGUAGGCCAGAUGUUAACUGGAUCCUCAGAAACUUGCAGCCUGGCUGAAGACAGCAGUGCAUUAAAUACAAAAACCUUAGCAGUUGUCAAUCUCUUAGGAGAGAAGGAUUCUGAAAAGCUUCAGUCAAACGUGGAGCAAAACCUACUACUCGGUGUUGAUAUGGGGAUCCCAGCGUCUGAAGAGUGUCAUCAUCAUCAAACUGGCACCAUUUGCAGUGCAGAAGAAGCCAACACCAAUGUUAUGCUAGAUGGUAGCAGUAGGGAAAAACCUGUCAAGCAUCUUCCAACUCAAGGACUGUCUGGUGUUGAGGGCAGUUGUCAGAGAGUUACGCAGCCUUCUGAGCCGCAAAAAGCAGUACCUGAGGAGUUACCUGUGUUGGAGUCAGAGUCUUACGUGGAUGUUGCUCUGAAAACAAGCAAUGAAUUGUGCAGAAAGCAAGAGCCAUCUGAAAUCCUGACUGUUCCAGCCGAGACAGCUGCCCAAGUCGUGCAUGCCAAGCCAUCCAAGAGACUUUUCCAAAGUAAAAGGAGAGCUCUCAAAGCUAAACGAACUCAGCCAGUCGUCGCCAAUGCUAAUACUCCUCUGCCAGUGAAAUGCUCCUCUGAGAACAUAAAUCAAAUUAGGCAAGAGAUGGGUCCUCCUCUGCCCCCCUUGCUACUGCCUUUGGUUGCUACUCCUCCAAAAGCUGCCUGCACCAUGCCCUCAGCGCUGUCUUCUGCUGAUCCAUCCUCUUUGCUUUCCCCUCUGGAUGAGUUGAUAUCCCCGCUACGUGACACCCCUGUUCCUCCUCUCAUGUCUCCGCUAACCGAUACUCCGCCAGUAAAAUCUGCUCUUUUGUUUUCCCCCGCCUCGCCCUCAGAAGCGGCAGCAGGGAGGAGGACUCGCUCCUCACCCCUCAAGUUCUGCACUUCCAUCCCAAAGCACGCCCUGCCUGUGCCGGGAAGGUUUCCUCUGCUGGCAGCCGACGGCGCUGCCCCGGGCGCUCCUCCGGAGAACUCCGUGAGGAUAUUGGACACUAUGUACCCGGAGCUGUCCGCCAGGGCCAGGACGCUCAACAUUCUGAAAGGCAACAUUCAGCUUGGCCGAUGUGCUUUUGCAGACAGCCAAAGCCUGUCAGGACCCGUGGCUCAAAUAGGAGGGUUCCAAGCGAUUGCAUCCAAAUCAACAGCUUUUGUUAAAACGGGUAGCACUCUGAAAGCUGAGAGCCACAAAGAGCAAGACAGAGAUGGGCAAAAUCAGCAGUCGUUUCCAAGCUCAUCCAAUCACCUGGAGAAAGGGACCCUGCUGCCAGCAUCUAUGCCAAGGAGUGCCAAGAGACUGAGGCUGGACAGUGAACCAUCCAAGCUGGAGCUCAAUGAUGCUGCUGCUGUCAGAGACACUAAAAAUAGAGUCUUGGAAACACAGGAGGCUUUCCACGACACAAGCUGUGAAAUCAGUGAGCCAGCAGACGGUUCCAGUUUGGAAACAUCACUGCCAGUAAACAAAGCUAUUGAUCUGGACAGCCAGAAUGUUUCUUUGGCAUUGAAGAAAAUUGCUGAAUCCUGUUUUGAUUUGUUGCCAGUUAUAAAAGGCCAUGUGUAUGUUGGCAACACCUCAAAGAUUCCAGUGAUGAGAGAUGAAGAGAAAGAAGUUGUCUACGAAUUUGGUGUAAAAAACAAGCAUUUAGCAGAGUCCUUGCUGCAUGGUAUUCUGAAUAAACUCAAGGCUCAGAAGAAUGCCACAAAUUACAACAUCAAUCAGGCUCUGUGCCGAGUCUACACAGGAGUCUGUCGGCAGCUGGGAGACUUGGAGCGAGCUCGGCUUCUCUGCUACAGCCUCCUUAAAGAAGGCUUCCCAGACUCAGAUAAAUUGACAUUAUUUAUCACAAACGUGUGGCCUGACAUAUUCGUCUUCCAAGGUGCAAUUAACGAAGCUAUGCAAUUAGUUGCCAGGCAGAAUGCAAGUGAUGAUGUGCUGCCCUGUUUGGGUGCUUACCUCAACUGGGAACAGAGUUCCUCUUUAGAUGCUGCCACUAUGGUCUCAAACCUGCUUUUAGAAAUGCAGUCCUGUGCAAAAGUAGAACUUCAGCUGAGCGAGCAGUACGGAGAAGAUCUGAGCGAAGAUGCUUGGCAGUACAUAUUUGCUGUUGACCUACUCUGCUCUCACCUGAAGUGGGACUGGACACAUGACAAUGUUAUAAGCAAAGUGCUUUGGCCUUCUAUGGAUCAAUGGAUAAAGAAGAGAAAGGCACAUGAAAGUUCUCAGUCCAUUCCUGAUAGUGUUAUAGCAUUGAUACUCAGGCUGAUAGGUCGAUUGAGCCACAUAGGUGUAAAGGAAGGCUGUCUUGCUGCAGUGAAGAAUAUUAGCUCUGUGAUUGGACUGUUUGUGCAGCACGCACAGGAGGAAGGUGUUCCCUGGGGUGUGCAGUUGGCAGCUGUGUAUUCACUCUGUGACUUGGCUUCGAGCAAUCCAGGAGGUAGUGCUGAGGCCAUCCGUGCUUGGAAAGCUACAGUCCCUAACGCCGUCCCUGUGGCUGUCACAAAUGGCAUAGCUGAAAUCACUUCUGUGUGUAAGAUGGAGCUGAAUUGAAAUCCAGGGCAGUGGUCUGAUGUAGAAGGAGAAGUGCCUUAUUUUCCUGAGCAGUCAUCAGCUGCAGUUAUCAAGGGGACACACCACAUGGUGGUCCUUUACUUUUUUUAGCAUACUGAUGACUCACAAGAAGCUCAACUUUCCUAUUGGAGGGAAGACAUUAAAAAAGAAACCCCAAACACAGAUGAAAAAUGAGCUUGCUUUUCAUGAUAACUCAUCACUGAGCUGUGUCAAACAGCACAUACUGGCUCCUGAGAUGGUUUCUGGUUUGAUGGCAGUGAAAUUUAGUAAUAGAUUCAUUAUUUGACUUCCAUGGGUUUGGUGCAUGAGCUGUUUGACACAGCAGAAGAUGGAGCCUGACUGAAAACCUGGCUCUGUUGUUUUGUACUCUAUUUAUAAAGUAACUCUCUAGAUAGCAGAACCUUGCCCAGAUUCUGCUUCAUUUUGCUCCAGUAGUCUCAUGACCUUAAUUUAAACCACUUGUGUAUGACAGGUAGGAAUUGGCUUCUGGUGUAACAAUCUUGUAUAGAGUUACCAGAGAUGGCAAAUCUCUGAACUUGUAUAUAGGCUAUAUCCUGAUAAUGUGUCUCACAUUUGAUAUUGUUCCACUUGGGGAAUUUUGUCUAUGUAAAUAGAAGGUCAGUUCCAAAAUGUUCACCUUUCUAAUGAUUGCUUCACUACACUCUUGUGGUUUUAUAUCUUUCAUAAUAAAAGAAGCAAACACUG